AUGACAGUUAAAGAAAAGUUUCAAGGAUUCAAACAAAAGUUCAGCAAUAUUUCGCUUCCCGCAUUUAUUCCUCGCUUGAGAGAAAUCGAUGAGGAAGUGUUUGUUCAAAAGUAUUCUACACCUCUCGAUGCCGAUGGCGAGAAAAUCCCUAGCGAUAAUAAGGUCCGUUUCACUUUAGACCGUGAACAAAAGGAAAUUAAAUAUGAGGUCCGUGAUGAGGCAAAUCGCAAGUGGUGGGCCCUGUUUGACGAGUUUGAGUAUAAGGAACACCGUACUGGUGAAAAUGUCACUGAGCACAAAUGGUACCACUGGUUUGACGUCAACGAUUCUCCUGAGGAGCGCAGAGUUAUCAUCAAGAUUGAUAUUGUUUUGUGUUUCUUCUCCUUCGUCAUGUACUGGGUCAAAUAUCUCGAUCAGUCUAACCUCAACAAUGCCUAUGUCUCAGGCAUGAAAGAAGAUCUUGGCAUGAAGGGCAAUGACCUUGUCAACACUCAAGUCGUUUAUACCGUUGGUUCGGUUGUUUUCCAGCUUCCUAUGAUGUAUUUGAUCCACCGUUACCCCACUCACAUUCUUCUUCCUGCUAUGGAUAUUGCUUGGGGUCUUUUCACUCUUGCAGUCUACCGUUCUACUUCUGUUGGCAUGCUUCAAGCCCUUCGUUUCUUUGUCGGUGUCUUUGAGUCGGCCUUUUACCCCACAAUCCACUAUCUUUAUGGUUCUUGGUAUAAACCCUCCGAGUACACUCGCCGUGGUGGUAUCUACUAUUUUGGACAGAUGUUGGGUCUGUUGACCAGUGGUUUGGUUACUGCAUCUUGUGUUGAAAAUCUUACUGGUGUUAACGGUCUUGAUGGCUGGAGAUGGAUGUACAUUGUGGAUGCCAUUAUUACCAUUCCCGUUGCUAUUAUUGGUUUCUUUGUGUUGCCCGGUGUCCCCAAAAAGUGCUACUCUCUGUUUUUGACUGAUGAGGAUAUUUUCAUUGCUCGUGAACGUCUGCGCAAGGCUAACAUCGCUCUUGAGACUGAAGGCCCUCAAUUCUUCAACAUUCAACUUUGGAAGGAUCUUCUUUGGGAUUGGAAGUACUACAUGUUUGUGUUUUUGAACAUUUGGGGUUGGAACAACAGUAACGGUAGUUCUGGUGCUUACUUGCUCUGGCUCAAGUCUCUUAAGGAGUACUCUAUUCCCUUGGUUAACCAGUACUCUACCAUCACUCCUGCCCUUGGUAUUAUUUGGAUUUACAUGACAGGUGCACUUGCAGAUCACGCCCGAAGCAGAUGGGGAGCUCUGAUUUUCUCUCAGACCUUUAAUUUAUUGGGUAAUAUUCUGUUAGCUGUUUGGUACAUUCCUAAAGGUGCGAUUUGGUUUGGAUUCUGUUUACAAUAUUUUGGCUGGGCUUCAUCUGCAGUUAACUAUUCAUGGGCAUCUGAUGCUAUGCGCCACAACCCGCAACACCGCGCCAUUACAGUUGUGUCUAUGAACAUGAUUGGACAAGCCACCACAGCCUUCACCUCAGUUCUUGUUUGGAAGACAGUCGAAGCCCCACGCUUCCUUAAGGGCUACUCUUUUACAGGAACCGUUGCUUUUGUCAUGAUGAUUUGGGGCACACUCAUUUUGCCUCUUUAUAAGAAGGAAGAACGCAAAUAUGCUCAUGAACAGGGCAUUCUCCUAUACAAUUCAGCUAAGGGCGAAGUUCCUCCAGAAAUUCCUCCUGUAGCUCCCAGCGCUCUCAGUGAUAGUGAUGAGAUUGAACGUGAGCACUUCGUUAUCGAUGAUCUAUCUGAUGAAAAGAAGCAGUAA